UAACUAUGUGUAAGUGGCAUUUCGGCGACCAUUAAAAAAGUUCUCGAUGCGAUGGUACAGGUAAAAAAAAGUUGAACAGACUUUCACCUGUGCGCAGGUAUAGACAGGAGUGCGAUGCGCCGUUGGAAAUGUACCUGAGCCUAGUUGUCGCCCAUGAUGAUUUUAUUCAUGUAUCAUCAGGCUAUGCGUCAAGUUUGAUGGUGGGUUAUUACGAGGUGUCUUGCUGGAACGAUCGUUCCCAUGCCUCUGAAGCCUAAAUGCUCUCCGUCGCUAUUCCAUCGCCUGUCGUUUUAUCAGAACAUAGAAUUAGUUAACUUUCUCAAUUAAAGCAGAAGUUCUGAUGUAUUUCAGUGAUGCCAGAGGUAAAACAAUAAAAUAUCCUCUGCAGAGGCUUGGUCGAGAUGAAAAUGCUGCCGGUAAUUUCUUCGUAUGAAUGAUUAAAAAAAAGCAUCCAGUUUUGUUAAGCAACAUCCAAUGGUGACAGUUUCAAAUCAGAAUCACUUCUGAUAGCUCUGUGGAGACGUUGAGACGUUGCAGCAUAUACACGUAUCCGCGAGACCUUUGGCUUAUUUAUUUGUUCGCUUGUCAUGGCUCGUUUCCCAUUCUGACAAAACAGAAGUGGAGACACAGUGUUCUUUAAAUCUUUGCAGUUUCAGGUUUGGUGUACACUCUGACAUAAUUUAGCAGGGUAUAACCUAUUCGACUGCCUAGGAUAGUGCAUAAACAAAAAAAUUCAAAAUAAUGCAUAGGUCUAGAUAAACUACUGGACGUGUAUAACUUACUCUCUUCGGGGUAACAAUUACAAAGGGCACUCCGAUUAAAUUAUUAAAUACUUUUCACGUCAUUAAACUACUACUAUAGGAAGGAGAGCCUAUGCUGUAUUCCUAUUUGUCAAUUAGAGUGGGGCAAGGGAGGGGUGGGGGGCAAGAGAUGAUAACAGUUGCCUCAAAAGAAGUUAUCAGAACUGUUGCUGAAGUUAUUUGUGAAAAAAAGGUUGGAGGAUUGCACAUUCGCUGUUUUGUGAGACCUACAAUUAAAUCAUUUCGAAUCCUACCGGAGCCUGCGUGCUGCGCUGUCUGGAGGAGCGGUGCCCAUGCGGACUGCUUGCCAUCUGACCCGCUCUUAUCAAUGAAGCAGGAGAGCAUGGCGGAGGGGCCCCGGUGUAAGAGGCGAAAACAAGCCAACCCAAGAAGAAAGAACGUGCUGAAUUACGAGAAUGUGGUGGAAGCUGGCUCCGAGUCAGACGAAGAGGACAGGCUGCUGGCGUCGGAGGGCGAGGGCAGCCCAGCAGGCGUGCCCAGCCUGGAGGCUUCGCCACGCGUGGGCCACGCCCUGCUCUCCUGCCGUGGCAACGAGGAGAUCGACAGCCGAGAUGGCCCGGGCAACCAUGUUUGGCGCCACGGCGACAUCAAUGGUACUGAGGAGGGAAAAGAGGAAUACAACCCUUUGAGCCCAGAUGUUUCUCUCCAUGGAGUUGGCAAUGGUUCAGUCAAGGAAGAUGGCACCUCAGAGCUGGAUAGCUUCUUUGCCAAGAGAAAGCUGGAGGACAAUGAGGGCCACGCGGCCAGCAUCGCAGAGUACCUGCAACGCGGUGACACGGCCAUCAUUUACCCAGAAGCCCCGGAGGAGGUCACCCGUGUAGGCACCCCAGAGGCCAAUGGGCAUGACGAAAAUGAAAAUGACCUGACAGCCAGGACGCCAGACGACUUUGCCCAACUGCUGACCUGCCCUUACUGUGACCGUGGCUACAAGCGGCUGACGUCCCUCAAGGAACACAUCAAGUAUCGCCACGAGAAGAAUGAAGAGAGCUUCCCAUGCCCCCUGUGCAGUGAGACAUUUGCCUACCGCACACAGCUGGAGCGCCAUAUGGCCACCCACAAGCCAGCCAGAGACCAGCCCCAGAUACUAAACGAAGCGGCCACAAACCGAAAGUUCAAAUGCACUGAGUGUGGCAAGGCAUUCAAAUACAAACAUCAUCUGAAGGAGCAUCUUCGAAUUCAUAGCGGUGAGAAGCCGUAUGAAUGCUCCAACUGCAAGAAGCGCUUCUCCCACUCUGGCUCCUACAGCUCCCACAUCAGUAGCAAGAAGUGCAUCGGCCUGAUUGCCAUCAACGGCCGUGUGCGCAACGGGGUUGGCUCCAAGCCGGGCUCCUCUCCCAACUCCGCUGCCUCUUCGCCGGGCAGUCCUGCCUUGGCGCAGCUUCGCCACAAACUGGAGAACGGGCGACCCAUGGGCAUGUCAGACCCAUCUGGCCACACUGACAUCAAAGCAGAGCCAAUGGACUUCAACGAAUACCGGCUCAUGAUGGCCACCCAGCAGGAGUUUGGAGGUCCGGGCACCUAUGUCAAUGGAAGUGGUAGAGGCGGGAGCCCUCUUGGACUGCAUAGUUCCCAGAACCCCCUGCAGCACCUUGGGAUGGGGCUGGAGUCCCAUCUCCUGGGCUAUCCCCUAAUGAGUAACAACCUAAGCGAGGUGCAGAAGGUCCUACAAAUCGUUGACAACACUGUCUGCCGGCAAAAGCUGGAUGGCAACCCUGAGGACAUCUCGAAGCUGAGGGCUUACAUGAAGGAGAUGGGGGCUCAGAUGGAGGAACAGAAGCGGGCACUGGCCUCUCCCCGAGCGGGUUUUCCCGGUGUCGGCCACAACAGCCCCACCAAAAGCAUUAUUGACUACACCUUGGAAAAGGUCAACGAGGCCAAAGCCUGCCUACAGAGUCUCACUGAGGACUCCAAGAGGCGGGUGGUGGAUAUCAAGAAGGAGAAACCCAACCACAGCACUGAGGACAAGGCCCAGGAGAGAGAUGCCCAGUACGCACUAUUCUCCUGCCAGUUCUGCAAGGAGACCUUUCCUGGCCCUAUUCCUCUGCAUCAACAUGAACGGUACCUGUGUAAGAUGAAUGAGGAGAUCAAGGCUGCCCUGAAGCCAAGCGAAAGUCUUACUCCAACCCACAGAGGGCUGUUCAGCGCUGAGCAACAGGCCAUGAUGAUAUCGUCGGCCCUGUCUGAGAGGGCCGCCACCAGUCCGAUCAACCUCUUCAAGGACCAUGUGUCUGUACUGAAAGCUUACUUCGCCAUGAACACAGAGCCAAACUCUGAGGAGCUGCUCAAGAUUUCCAUCGCAGUGGGCCUCCCCCAGGAGUUUGUCAAGGAAUGGUUCGCGCAGUGGAAAGCCCAUUCGCACCAAACUGCAUCAAGGAAGAGGUCACCUCCUCCGGAGCGAAGCAGUGUUGACAGCAACCAUGGCUUGGCACGGGAAUCAGCACUUGCCAGAUCCCCCAUUUCCCUUGCCCAGUAUGGAGAAUCUGUUUCAGAACUCCAGAGGAAUGGUGAUGCUGGACACAGACUCAGCAAACAUCACCAGUUUACAGGCAUGAGGCAGAUGGGAGAAAAACCACUUGACUCCUUGGACCACUUGAGAAGUGACACAUCUUCCCCUCUGAACCUCUCGUCGACAUCCUCGAAAAACUCACACAGUAGCUCUUACACUCCAAACAGUCUUGCCUCUGAAGAUGCCCAUGGUGAACCACUGGAUUUGUCUUUGCCAAGACACAUAAGGGACCUCAAAGCAGAACGAAAGCCCAAGCUAAAUGGUUUUACCAUAGAGCGCCACAGCGAACCCCUAAAACGUGAACAGGGAACAGAGCCUCUGGACUUGGCCCACAUCAAGAAGGAAUUCAGCGGGUCCAACAGCAACGCCAUGGGUAACAGCGAGAGCCAGCAUGAUAAGAGUCCCAGCCCCAUUUUUGGAAUCAACCACUUCGGUGGGGGGCAUAUGUACACAUCCCUCCCGCCACAUGGGGCAUUUCCGCCGCCAUCUUUCAUGCCUCCUGCCCAGGCCAGCAUCCCAGGGUUGAGGCCUUACCCAGGACUGGACCCCAUGAGCUUCCUGCCACACAUGGCGUAUACCUAUGCCGCGGGGGCAGCCACAUUUGCAGAAAUGCAACAACGAAGGAAGUACCAACGGAAACCUGGCUUCCAGGGGGAUCUACUGGACAGCACAGCAGACUAUCUGUCAGGCCUGGAGGACCUGACAGACAGCGACUCGCUGCUCUCACGGAAGAAGAUUAAGAAGACAGAAAGUGGUAUGUACGCGUGUGACUUGUGCGACAAAACAUUCCAGAAGACCAGUUCCCUCCUAAGACACAAAUAUGAGCACACAGGAAAGCGGCCCCACCAGUGCCAGAUCUGCAAGAAGGCUUUCAAACACAAGCACCACCUCAUCGAGCACUCGCGCCUGCACUCGGGGGAGAAGCCCUACCAGUGUGACAAGUGCGGCAAGCGCUUCUCGCACUCGGGCUCCUACUCACAGCACAUGAACCACCGCUACUCCUACUGCAAGCGCGAGGCUGAGGAGCGCGAGGCAGCUGAGAGGGAGGUGCGCGACAAGAGCGCUCCCCUGGAGCCCACCGAACUGCUGAUGAGGAGGGCCUACCUGCAGGGCCUCGGGCCCCUGAGCUACUCCGACCCGGAGGACCAGGCGGAGGAGGGCGCGGCAGGCCGGGGGGGCACCAUCCUCAGAGACGGCUUGGAGGGAGGCGGGGCCAGGGAGGUGGAGUCCGGGGCCUACAGGGAAGUGAUGGACAGGCGGGGGGAGGGGUUUGGUGAAGAGGAGAUGGAAGCUGAGGAGGAGGAAAGGGAAGGGUUUGAGAGGAAGAGCCCGACGAAAGACGUGGGUGGAGAGAUCGGAGAGAUGAGGGGUCCGGAAGACAAGGACUCGCCAGGAGGGAAAACAGGGAGCAAGUCAGACCCGGAGGAAGAGAAGGAGGAGGACGCUGAUUAACUACUGCAUUUUGGAUAAAAGCUUCCAGCAUUCUUUUCCUUUUCCUUUUUUUCUUUGUCUUUCACGCGCUCAUGUGCUUGGUUUCCUUCUUCGACUCCAGUGGCAGACUUGAAGCCAGCUUUGUUUUUAGUUUUUUUUUUAAAACAACAAAACAAACAAAAGAACACACUGCUGUGGCUCAGUAACUCAAGUGUGUGCCUGAGGCUUGAAAAGAUGAAAACAAGUCGUGUGUCUGAGUGUGGCGAUGGACUAAAUCUGGACUGUCAGGCUGGGUGGGAUUGUUAAAGAAUCCGUAUUAUGCAAAGUAUAAGUAAUAAUGUUCAUCAUUAUGAAUUAAUAAAAUGAAGUCCUUUUUUAUGUACAGUAUGAACGCCUGAAAGUCGUGUGGUGCUGAUGUCCUCAACCCCUGUGUUUCAUUGUGUGUAUAGCACAAGCCAGGAAAUUGCACUCUGUCUGAUAAAUCACUACAAAAAAAACAUAUUAGAAAAAAAUGUGUUGCCUAUGUGUACACGUCUGUAACGUGUCUGAGGGCACGGUAGCAGUGCGCUAGUGUUAUAUUAUGUCUACCACUUAUUGUGAUGUCCUUGGUUUUGCCCUCCAGUUGCCAGACCAACCACACAUCUUGGGCCUCGCUCUGACUUUUAUGUGAAACAAUGCUAUUUAAACAAUACCUGUACCUGUUUUCAAAAUGUCUGAAGUCUUAAAAUGACUGGGGGAUUACAGGGAAGGGAGAUUGAAGCUAUGAUGUGUACGGCUCAUUGUCUGGUGUGUUGUUGCGAGCCUCACUUUGUGUUUCUUUAAAGAAAAGCCUUAUAUGCAAACCCUCUUACCUGUGUGUAUCUGAAAGUGCCAUCCUUGUACAGCGUAACGCAAAGUUUACUUGUGUUCUCUUUGCGCCGGCUUCAGUAUUAAAUAAACUAUUCACCCUGUUCUUUGAAGUACCUAUGUCAGUAUUAGUAUAGCUAGGCUGCAGUUCUUUAGUUUACAUAUGUCUGUGCAAUUUUCAGUAUUUUUUCAUGUUAUUUUUUGUCAGUAUUACUUUUUUGUUCUUUGAUUUUUUUCCAAGUUCAAAUUUCAUUUGUUUUAAAUUUAAAAUACCAUUUUAUUUAUGUGACUCAUUUUAUAUUUCCUAAUUUUAUUUAUUUCAUACUGUAGUGUACAGUAUUAUAGUUCCUCAAUAUAUAGAUAUAUUUUAGUAAAAGGAUCCUGUCAUUGAUUAAUGGAGCAAAUUUUACAUAAAAAGAGCAUUUUAUUGUAUCAGGAACCAUUCAUUGUACAAUGUAAUGUUAAAUUUUCUUUAAUUGUUCUAUUUCCUUCACUUUCCAGAUACUGGAAACUCAAAAAUUUGGGAACUUUUGAUACAAUAUUGUGAAAACACUGUAUUUUUGACUGAAAGAAGAAAAAAAAAUCCACUUUAUUCUUUUUUUUUAGCUAAAGAGAUGAAGAGGGACUGUUGUUAAUGGAAUUCCUGAAAUGUCUGUUGAAGUGUAAUUGAAUUUUUAAUUUGUAAUUUCUCUUGGAAAUGACCUUGCUCGAAUAAAUGUAGCCAAAUUUAA